AUGGUGGUGUACGCAAAGACGGUACCGGAUGCUGGCUCCAAAGGUAUCACUGCCUUCAUCGUAGACACCACAGCCAAAGGCUUCUCAUGCGCUCGGAAACUCGACAAACUCGGUAUGAGAGGAUCCAACACUGGUGAGAUUGUAUUGGAGGACGUUUUCGUGCCUAUCGAGAAUAUUCUUGGUGAGGUCAACAAAGGUGUCCGAGUGCUCAUGGAAGGUCUUGACUUGGAGCGACUGGUCCUGAGCGCAGGCCCACUUGGACUGAUGAAAGCAGCCCUGGAUGUGACUCUGCCAUAUGUUCACGAGCGCAAGCAGUUCGGCCAGCCAAUCGGAACAAAUCAAUUCAUGCAUGGAAAGCUCGCAGACAUGUACACAAAGUACAUGGCAUCAUCGGCCUUCACAUACUCGGUGGCUGCGGCAAUUGACAAUGACCCGGACAAUGCUCAGAUCAAGACUCAAGAUUGUGCCGGUGCUAUUCUCUAUGCAGCAGAGAGAGCAACUGAAUGUGGAAUGGACGCCAUCCAAUGCAUGGGUGGUAUGGGUUACAUGAGCGAGAUUGCUGCAGGCAGGAUCAUGCGCGAUGCUAAGCUGUACGAGAUUGGAGCAGGAACCAGUGAGAUCAGAAGGAUGGUUAUCGGAAGAGCAUUCAACAAGGAGUAUCUCAGAUGA